CUUUUUAUUAACAGAUUAUGAAAGAACCACUGACUUUUUGAAUUGUAGGUUCUGGAGGAAUCAACAGCAUCUCAAAGAUCAGCUCUGAUCACAGUGAAGAAUACAAGUGCAAGUCCAGAAAUAAACAUGGAGAGAAAUACUCUGAUGCUGUGACUUUAAACAUCAUGUAUCCUCCUAGGAAUGUCUCUGUGUCGGUCAUUCAGUCUGGUCAGAUCUGGGAAGGAGAUUCAGUGACUCUGAUCUGCAGCAGUGAUUCAAACCCACCUGCAGAAAUCAGCUGGUUUAAGGAGAAUCAAAUCUCCUCUGUUGGAUCUGGACAGAGUUUCAGUGCUCUACAGAGUGGACGCUUCUACUGUGAGGCUCACAAUCAACAUGGAUCUCAGAGAUCAGACGCUGUUACUGUCACUGUUAAAGGACGUCUGGUGAUGUUGUACAUAUCCAUUGGAGUGGUUUGUGGAGCUGCAGUUAUCAUCACAGUGUUGCUGAUUUGAUGAAUCAUUCCAGACGUCAUGAUGACAGAUGUGAAGCUUGUUCUUUUGAGAUGAAUGAACCUGUGUAUGAGAACGUAAGGCUUAACAAGAUGAGGCCAUAGUGUUUUGGAAACAUGGCAAAACAUUUUAUAGCAUUUAUGUAUCGCAUGUGUGCGGAGUCCUGAAAAGCAACAUGAAUUAAUACAGUAGUGUGUAAUCAAAUGAAAGUGUGUAAAUGUGUUUUUCCUGUACAAUCUGUACCGUAUAGUUUGUUUGCUUAAUUUAGAUGUUUUUCAACCUUAUGCCUCAUUGUUUGUGUUUUCAAGGCAAAAAAUAAAGAUCUGA